CUGGCCAGUCGUGGUCCAGAACGAAGCCAUGGAUAAGAUACUAGAAGCUGUCAUGCAAUCUUCUUAUCCCAUGUAUGUCAAGCAGAGCUUGGCGCAACGGGUGAUUGAGGCCUCCAAGCAGCCAAUCGACAGCGAGCAAUGUUGGUCUAUGCUAGAAGUUUCCACCAAGCUCUUCUUUUUCGGUGAAUCCCGAUUUGCCAGGGAAACAGCCAGGGAAGUUCUAGGGGUCUACGGCAGAUACCACCCAGAGGAGUUUGAGGAAUUUUUCAACGUCAGAUUUAUAUUGAGCCUCCUCCAGGAGGGAUAUGGUACCCUCGGAAAGAGACAUGUGCACAUUUUAGACUACGUGCAUCUUGGGCUUCAGUUUGUGUUGGACAAGCCUUCCGCCAAGGAGAUCUUCAGGCUGCUGAGAAUAGAGGUUCUGCGUAUUGUCUGCGAAAGGCCAAGCCUUAAGGUCUGCGUGAGGAUCAGCAAGCUCCUGACGUCAUGUCCGCAGUGCAUUCCAGAGGGAAAACACCAGGUCUUGUUCAGCCAGCAGCUAAUUCGGUGCAUUGGUCAGUUCCACUGCCAGUCGGAAGCAGAAGAGGGGAUCAUACAGUUCCUCGACCAGGUGAACCGAGUCGGUGGACUGCUGCAAAACAUCUGGAGGCUUCAGGCCUCCCUGGUCCUCCCAUCCUUAAAGGAAUUAUUUGCUAUUAUCUCAUCAACAGAAGAGUCUGAGACGCCCUCGAAUUGUUUGGCAAGUGUUGUGCAGUACAUCCCCCUAGAACUCAUGGAAGGUGUCGUUAGAAAUUUGGCGAACGCAGACAGUGUCACCGAUGCGCAGAUGAUGACCGCCAUUACCAGGAUGAUGGACUGGGUGUCAUGGCCUCUGGGCAAGAAUAUUGAUAAGUGGAUCAUUGCUUUAUUAAAGGGCCUGGCGGCCGUGAAGAAGUUCAGCAUCCUGACAGAAGUUUCCCUUUCCAAAAUACAGAAGGUGUUUUCCAAGCUGCUGUACCCGGUGAUUCGGGAAGGAGCGCUUUCUGUCCUGCGCUAUACGCUGCUGAGUUUCCAGCACUCACCGGAAGCAUUUCAUUUGAUACUCCCGCACAUCCCGCAGCUGGUUUGCUGUCUCUCCAGUGAGAACACAAAUUCGGCCAGUAGUUGUCUGGAGCAGAUUGCUGAGCUCAUCCACUGUAUGGUCUUCCGCUUUUCCGGAUACCCCGACCUUUAUGAACCAGUCAUGGGAGCAAUAAAGGACCUCCCAGUCCCUAAUGAAGACCGGAUAAAACAGCUGCUUGGACAGAACGCAUGGACCUCACAGAAGAACGAGCUGGCACCAUAUUACCCCAGACUGGUAUCUAAAUCAGACACCGGUAGAAUUGGCCUGAUAAACCUGGGGAAUACGUGUUACAUGAACAGCAUCCUGCAGGCUCUAUUUAUGGCUUCUGAUUUCAGGCAUUCGGUCCUGUGUCUGCGGGACAGUGACUCUCAGCCUCUGAUGAUGAAGCUGCAGUACCUCUUUGCUUUUUUAGAGCACAGCCAGCGCCCGGCUGUCUCUCCUGAAAGUUUUCUGGCUUCUUCUUGGCCUCCGUGGUUUACUCCUGGUGUUCAGCAAGACUGCUCGGAGUACCUGAAAUACCUGCUAGAUCGGCUUCACGAAGAGGAGAAAACUGGGAAAAGGAUUUCCCAAACAUUAGCCCAAACCAGUUUUGGUUUCCAAGUGAAGAAACCUCUUUUGGGCCAGAAAACAUUAGUUGAACAGAUGUUUGGCGGAAGAAUCGUAACCAAAAUUCAAUGUCUAAAAUGUCACAGUGUUUCAUCCAGGGAGGAACGUUUCACAGACUUGUCGCUAGCUUUUCCCCCAAGUGGUGGCAUCACAGCAAGGAUUCCGAAAACGUCUCACCCUUCCGUCAUACCAGUAGAAGACAUAGGGCCACACCAUUCUGACAUCGCACAUAAAGGUCUGGAUCGGCAGACCGCAAUCGCUCCAGGCCAUGGCGGAUGUCAACAGAAGACUGAAGAGCACGGAGGAAAAGUAACACCCAUUGAGACAUUAGGAUUCUAUGGUAAAGACGAUCAACUAGAACAUACAGCUUCAGAAGACAAAGAUGUAAAUAAUUGUCCUGUUGUUAAAACUCGGGAUUGGCCGGCCCUUGCUCCUUCAGAGUCAACAUGUGUAAAAAAAUGUCCUCUUAGCUUGUCAGAUUUGAUCAAUCAUUACUUAUGCCCAGAGAUGCUGACGGCAGAAAAUAAAUACCGGUGUGAGACCUGUGCCUCGCUUCAAGAUGCUGAGAAAGUUGUGGAGAUUUCCACUGGCCCGGAGUAUCUCAUCCUCACUUUGCUGAGGUUCUCUUUUGAUUUGAAGGCCAUGAAAAGGAGAAAGAUCUUGGACAAUGUGUCCAUUCCUUUGAUCCUCAAGAUGCCUAUCCAAGUAAAUUCGCUUCCGUCAGAUGAAUGUGUGGAAAUGAGCAGUAGACAUGCCUCCGCCAGGGUCCACCAGCCUGCAAUCUAUGACUUGUGCACCGUAAUCGUGCACUCGGGGUUGUCGUCUGAAAGUGGACAUUAUUACUGCUAUUCCAGAGACUGCAUGAAUAGAGAUAGCCACAGACCUCCCAGUGCUGGGGUCAAGCGGUUUCCCACCGACAAGCAUCUAGACAUGGAGAUCCAGUGGUACCUCUUCAACGACACCAGGGUCUCCUUCUCAUCAUUUGAAUCUGUCAGCAAUGUAACCUCCUUUUUUCCCACCGAUACAGCCUACGUGUUAUUCUACAGACACAGAGAACUCGCUCAGGCUGACUCCGUUCUGGAAUCAGGGGCAACCAAGUCACGCGGAGAUGUUUCUCUUUACAAAGAACUUAUGGAGGCCAUUUCUAAGGACAACAUCAAGUAUUUGCAGGAGCAAGAAAAGGAAGCCAGGAACACGGCGGCCUAUCUCUCUCCGCUGCUGAAAUCUCCUCUUUGGUGGCAAGACUUCGACAAAGACAGUGACGACGAUGCAUCGCCGGGGGGAUUAGGAUCAGCUGGUGGAGGGGGGUCCGGGGCCUUUCAUGGUCUUGUGUUUUAGAGGUUCCACAUGUACUAUACACCAGCGGCCUUCUUAUAUGUUCAUUGAUUGGACUGUGAUAUGUGAGUGAUUAUAUAUGGAUUGAAGGAUCAAUAUAUGAGGCCUCAUUUCAUACAUUCUGGCCCCAAUCAAUGUCCUUUUCCCCAUACCAUACUGGCUGAAUUUAAAAUCAUGUUGUCCACCUCCACCUGAUUCCAUCAUGUUUCAUGCCUGGUAAUCCCCUAGAGUGUAAUAGUCUGCAGAGUCUUAUGCACUUUUGCUUUCAUGGAUCCUUUUUGAAGGGGAAGGUGCAGGAAGUGUGAUGUGCAAAAUAGACGCAAUUGCAAUAAAAACCUCCUAUUUUCUAUCUGUCUGUUAGAUACACUCUCUAGCUGAGGGUUUCUCCCAUGUAUAUUGUCCAUGCAGAAUCUCAAUAUGUGGGGGACAUAGCCCACUGUUACCAUCUAAACCUCAUUGUCAGGGACGCACACAGGGGGGGGGGGGGGGGUUCUGAGUGCCUAGAAACCCCCCUGACUGACCAAGAUCUGUCUUCCAUUUCUGGACUACAAACUUGAAGCAAGAUUCACAGAUAUGCUGAACUAUAUAUUUAUUUUGUACAUACAUUUAAUUAAGCCUGAGCACUUUCUGACAGUAAAAUACUACACUAGAAGGUCCUCUUCUCUGUCUCCACAUCAAGCUACUGAUUAACACACGGGACCACCACAAAACAUCUGUAUGGUACUAUUUUG